UGCCAUCACCGCGGCAUGCCCCCCACAGGCACAGUGGAGGCCGUGGCGCUGGCGCGUCGGGGACGGCGCAAAAUGAGUAGCCCUAGAGCGGCGGGGUCGCGGGUUGGUGAGAAGCGCUGGGCGGUGGGCACGGCGGGAUCGGAGCUCCGUGGCGCGCCGCCGGUGCUGCACGGCGCGGCGGGGAAACAGAGGAGGUGGCCCUUUGACUGGGCCCUGGGCCGCAACGAGAAGUGCUUGCUGUCACCACGGAGUUCCAAAAUUUCAACCGGGCUUGACCAAAGCACUGUGAUCAGCGGAAGUGACACAUUUGACAGAGCAAGCAUCAGCAUGUACAUGUACCAUCCCUUCUCUAACACAAUCCUGUUUCUCUAACACAAUGUUCUGCAGCCUUCUUUCUA